UUCUGAAGAGGGUCACUUCCUUGCCGGCUGCCACCACUGCUCAGUGACUCCUGGAGACUGGAUGUGGUAGAGGAGAGCCAGGCAGCAUCAGCAUGAUCCUCCUGGCCGUGCUUUUCCUCUGCUUCUUCUCUUCCUAUUCUGCUUCUGUUAAAGGUCACACAACUGGCCUCUCAUUAAAUAAUGAGCGGUUAUACAAGCUCACGUACUCCACUGAAGUGUUUCUUGAUGGGGGCAAAGGAAACCCGCAAACCAGUGUGGGCUUCAGGAUAUCAUCUGACGUGGACGUUGUGUUACUGUGGAGGAAUCCUGAUGGUGAUGAUGAUCAACUGAUCCAAAUCACGAUAACAGCUGUCAACGUCGAAAAUGCGGGUCAACAGAGAGGAGAGAAGAGCAUCUUCAAGGGCAAAAGCCCACCUAAGAUCAUAGGGAAGGACAACCUGGAGGCGCUGCAGAGACCCAUGCUUCUUCAUCUAGUCCGCGGGAAGGUCAAAGAGUUCUACUCCUAUGAAAACGAGCCCGUGGGCAUAGAAAAUCUCAAGAGAGGCUUGGCUAGCUUAUUCCAGAUGCAGUUAAGCUCUGGAACUACCAACGAGGUAGAUAUCUCUGGGGAUUGUAAAGUGACUUACCAGGCCCAGCAAGACAAAGUGGUCAAAAUCAAGGCUCUGGAUACAUGCAAAAUUGAGCGGUCUGGAUUUACAACGGCAAACCAGGUGCUGGGCGUCAGUUCGAAAGCCACAUCUGUCACCACCUACAAGAUAGAGGACAGCUUCGUUAUCGCUGUGCUUGCAGAAGAGAUCAGAGCCUUUGCCUUGAACUUCCAACAAGCCGUAGCAGGAAAGAUAGUGUCCAAGCAGAAAUUGGAGCUGAAGACAACUGAAGCUGGCCCAAGGAUGGUCCCUGGGAAGCAAGUGGCAGGUGUAAUUAAAGCAGUUGAUUCCAAAUACAAAGCCAUUCCCAUUGUGGGACAGGUCCUCCAGCGUGUCUGCAAAGGAUGCCCUUCUCUGGCGGAGCACUGGGAGUCCAUCAGAAAGCACUUGGAGCCUGACAACCUGUCCAAGGCCGAGGCCGUCCAGAGCUUCUUGGCCUUCAUUCAGCACCUCCGGACUUCGAGAAGAGAAGAGAUCCUCCAGAUUCUGAAGGCAGAGAAGAAGGAAGUGCUCCCUCAGCUGGUGGAUGCUGUCACCUCUGCUCAGACUCCAGACUCGCUGGAAGCCAUCCUAGACUUUUUGGAUUUCAAAAGCGACAGUAGUAUCAUUCUCCAGGAAAGAUUCCUCUAUGCCUGUGGCUUUGCCACCCAUCCUGAUGAAGAACUCCUGCGAGCCCUCCUUAGUAAGUUCAAAGGUUCCUUUGCAAGCAACGACAUCAGAGAGUCGGUUAUAAUCAUCAUUGGAGCCCUAGUCAGGAAGCUGUGUCAGAAUGAAGACUGCAAGCUCAAGGCAGUGGUGGAAGCUAAGAAGCUGAUCCUGGGAGGACUUGAAAAACCAGAGAAAAAAGAAGACACCACGAUGUACCUGCUGGCCCUGAAGAAUGCCUUGCUUCCCGAAGGCAUCCCGCUCCUUUUGAAGUAUGCUGAGGCUGGAGAAGGGCCCGUCAGUCACCUGGCCACCACCGUUCUCCAGAGAUACGAUGUCUCCUUCAUCACUGAUGAGGUGAAGAAGACCUUGAACAGGAUAUACCACCAGAAUCGUAAGGUUCAUGAAAAGACGGUGCGCACAACUGCUGCUGCUGUUAUCUUAAAGAACCCAUCCUACAUGGAUGUGAAGAACAUUCUGCUGUCUAUUGGGGAACUUCCUAAAGAGAUGAACAAAUACAUGCUCACCGUUGUGCAAGACAUCCUGAAUUUUGAAAUGCCUGCAAGCAAAAUGAUCCGUCGAGUUCUCAAGGAGAUGGCUGUUCACAAUUAUGAUCGUUUCUCCAAGAGUGGAUCCUCUUCUGCCUAUACUGGCUAUGUAGAACGUAGCCCCCGGGCAGCAUCCACAUACAGCCUUGACAUCCUUUACUCUGGCUCUGGCAUUCUGAGGAGAAGUAACCUGAACAUCUUCCAGUACAUCGGGAAGGCGGAGCUUCAUGGUAGUCAGGUGGUGAUUGAGGCCCAAGGGCUGGAAGGCUUAAUUGCAGCCACUCCUGAUGAAGGAGAGGAGAACCUUGACUCUUAUGCUGGCAUGUCAGCCAUCCUGUUUGAUGUUCAGCUUAGACCUGUCACAUUUUUUAAUGGAUACAGUGAUUUGAUGUCCAAAAUGCUGUCGGCAUCCGGCGACCCUGUCAGCGUGGUGAAAGGGCUUAUUCUGCUAAUAGACCAUUCUCAGGAUAUUCAGCUGCAAUCUGGACUAAAGGCCAAUAUGGAGAUCCAGGGUGGUCUAGCUAUUGAUAUUUCUGGUUCAAUGGAAUUCAGUCUGUGGUAUCGUGAGUCUAAAACCCGAGUGAAAAAUCGGGUGGCUGUGGUGAUAACCAGCGACGUCACAGUGGAUGCCUCUUUUGUGAAAGCUGGCCUGGAAAGCAGAGCAGAGACAGAGGCUGGACUGGAGUUCAUCUCCACGGUGCAGUUCUCGCAGUACCCGUUCUUGGUCUGCAUGCAGAUGGACAAGGCUGAAGCCCCACUCAGGCAAUUCGAGACAAAGUAUGAAAGGCUAUCCACAGGCAGGGGAUAUGUCUCUCGGAGAAGAAAAGAGAGCCUAGUGGCUGGAUGUGAACUCCCCCUUCAUCAAGAGAACUCUGAGAUGUGCAACGUGGUAUUCCCACCUCAGCCAGAAAGCGAUAACUCCGGUGGAUGGUUUUGAUUCCCGUGGGUCCACUUCCACGAGAACGCUAUGCAUUGACGUGCCUAAUCCUUGCUCUGCGAGAGCACAGUGUUUACAUAUUUACCUGUAUUUAAGAUGUUUGUAAAGAGCAGUGGAGAACUUCAGUUGAUUAAAGUUGAACUUAUUCAGGA